AUGUCUUCACGUGCUAUUCGAAAAUUGCAGAAACUGCGAGAGCAAGAAUUGCAACAACAGCAAGAGACCGAAAAUGCAUCAAGCGACGACGAACCCCCACACCCCGCCAAGCCGAAGUUGAAUGCUUUUGACCUCCUCAACAUGGGCGACGAUGACAACGACGAUAAUAAUGAUGACGAGACGGAACCAGAAAACCCUAUGGAACAAUCUAUUACGAGCGUGCCUGACUCCGACACUCCGCCCCACGAGACCAAGAACGCGAGGAAGAAAAAGAAGAAGAAGAAGAGCAAAGCCAAAGCCGCAACUUCGAUAAAAGUGGCGCAGUCAGAUGAAGAGCUCGAUGAAAUCGAUCGAGCUCUGAGAGAGCUUGCUACAGACGGGCAAGCGGGCAAUACUGCUAGCGCAGCGCAAUCGACAACGGACUCGCUGGACGGUUCGUUCGCGAAAACAACCAGUGAACUCCUAGCGAUUGAUCCCAAAUCCUUGAACGCGACCAACGAGAUGAAGCGUCUGUUUGGAAAUGUUGUUCUGGAGAAUUUCGAUCAGCCAGCCGGUACAGGCGCUGGUCGGCGGCGUGAUCGUAACCGAGAAACGGUCGAUCUCGGUCAAGCUUUAACCGGACGAUACAGCCCAGCCAGUCGAGGACAGAGUUUGGCGGGAGUCACACUACGACGGAACAUUCUGAUGCAAGGAAAAGACGAGUGGCCUCGAGCGCCGAGCGGAGGACUGGGGAUGGAAUUACAAGAGAAGCUCGCUUCUGGCGUAACUCUGUAUCGCAUCGUGCACAACACGGGCUACCAAGAUGUUCAGAGGCAGUUCGAGCUCUGCGUCGAGUCCAUGGAUCCUCAGCGCCUAAUUCACCACCUUCAAUACAAUCCCUAUCAUAUCUCAACCCUGCUGCAAGUCUCAGAAAUUGCCAAACAUCAGAGCGACCACGCAGUCUCAGCCGACCUAUUGGAACGUGCGCUCUUCAACAUCGGACGAUCGGCCCAUUCGUCAUUCAACGCACGUCUCAGAGAAGGCCUCGCCCGCCUCGACUUCUUGCACAUGGAGAAUCGCGAAUUAUGGCUGGUUGGCUGGAGAUACAUUGCCAAUCUGGGCAUGAAAGGGACGUGGAGAACUGCAUAUGAGUGGGCAAAACUCCUUUUGAGUCUGAAUGACUCUGAUCCCUACUGCAUGAAGCUCAUGAUCGAUCAUCUUGCAUUGCGUGGUCGAGAAUACGCUCAUUUCGUGGAUCUCUGCACGCAAACGCGAUUCAGUCGCGAUUGGGCCGAGCUUCCAAACAUUCAAUGCUCGCUGGUAAUGGCAUACUUGCGCGUUGGUAAGCCUCAGGAGUGUCGCCGUCAGCUUCGUCACGCCAUGGCCCGUUGGCCAUGGAUUUUCAAUCGGCUGGCUCAAGAAUUGGAUCUUCAGCACAUCCCGAAGCAGAUUUGGGGCAAAAUGCCUCCUCCUGGAUCGCAUGAACUUCUCACAGAGCUGUACAUCACACGUGCCAAAGACCUUUGGAACACUCCGGAGGCAGUAUCACUCAUUGUGGAGGUGGCUGAUACGCUGGCGGGUGAACCGCAAUCUAUCGAGCCUCCGGAGAUCACUCUGGACAUGGCUCGACAUGUCGUUCUGUCGGAUAUCCCCAAGGUGACCACUCACCUGCCGACGCGGUUUGUUUCCGGCCGCAUGUCCGCAUCAGAUCCCCUUCCACCCUACGAAUCGGACGCCUACCGUCAGCAGAGCGAUCCGUCGCCGUCCUAUCUUGCACAGGUACCACAGGGUGGGCGACCGCAAUGGCUGCGCGAUCUCAUGGGACAGCUGCAGGACGGCGGUGGUAUUCGGCUGCCAGAGCUACAAGGUGACGAAAUCGCAGACAGCGACGAGGAAGAUUAUAGAGAAGGCGGCAACACUGACGAAAAUGGAACUGGGGAUCGGCCAUCAGGCGGCCGAGCUCGUCCAUUGGCUGGUGAUCAGCAAGUCCUUGAGCAAUGGCUUGUGCAGGAUGGACUUGAAGCCUUGCAGAUGUUCUUACACGAGAAUGGAGUAGACCGCGGAAACUGGGGGGAUGUGGUGGACUACGGCCCACUCACGGAUUAUCUCGAGGCACUCGAGGAGAUUCAGCCUGGGACUGCCCGACAACGUCUUCUGCAUGGAAUAGUCCAAGAGGUUAUUGGUGACAUUGCGGUCUCGGUGCUUGAGGAUGAGCUAGAGAUGAUGGCAGACGAGCGGGGUGUUGAUUCUGGCAACUAA